GUGUGGUAAAGAAUUAAAAAAAGAAGAAUAUUUGUGGUGUAAUAAACCUAAUUGUGAUUUAAGUUUUUUGUUCGGUCAAGACGACCACGAACCAGAAACUUUAAAUGCUUAUGCUCCCCUUACCAAUUUUUACCAAGGAAAGGGAAUAAAUUUAAACUUACGAAUGCCCGAUAAUGAAGGGUUAAAAGCAAUGCCUAAGUUUAAAGCCAAAUCGAAAAGAAGACCCGAGAAAAUCCAUAUUCAUGUUGAAAAAGGAACGGAAGGGGGAGAGGGAAAUUUGAGGGUGUAUUUGAUUAGUUUGGAAGUAGAAGAGAAAACCAGAGGUAUUCCUCGUAAUAAAAAGACUUACUUGAUUCCGAAAAAAAUAGUUAAAAAUUCUCCUAAAUUCAAGUUUAAACAUGAACCAGAUUAUUUAAUUCUAAAAAAAGAAACCAAAACUCUUUACAUAACCGAGCUAAAAGAUGGAGACGCUUUUGAUACUAAAAAGUCAGCCGGAGAAACAGAAGCUUUGCGGCAGUUUAAAAACCAUAUUUCCGAAAAUGUUCCUUAUAAAACCUUAAUUUUAGUUUGUUGUUUCAACCAAGUUGAUAAGAAAAAAAUUAUUCAAGGAUUCAAGAACAAAAUCAAACCUUCGGAAGCAUUUACCGGCCAGGAAUUUUGUGAGCUAACCGGGAUAGAUUAUCAGGCAAUUGUUAAAGAGAGAACUAAAAGGCACCCAAAAGAGAAUUUAAAAUUUUUUUGCAAUGAGUUGUUGAGAAUUGACGAAUGCAGAAAAAUUAUCUUAGAAAUUCUCCAAAAAAAUUAA